UGCUUCGCUCCCAAGCGAACUCCCGAUCUGUGCGCGCGGCCUUGUUCUGGAAAGGAAGGGCCGGGCAGUUGGCUGACAAGCGAACGCCUGUGCAUGAACAUUCCAUGCAGCUAUCAAAAGCGAGCCACCGUCAGCCAUCGUUCCGCUCGAUCACGCAUCUUCGCUGCUUACUGCGCCCGGUAGUUCUCACGCGAGGGCGGCGCACGACUCGCCAGGCAACCAUUCUUCUGCGCCCUCUCUGACACGGGUGUUACGAGAUGGACAAUGUGUACGCCCGAACGGACUUGAAUGGAAGGUGCGUGCAGAGCAGGACGGCGACGGACGGUGCCAACGCAGCUCUCGUUCACCGCCUCGCCUCUCCCCUCUCCAAUUGGUCGAUUCGAUGAGCGACCAUCGUGUGCUUGUCGGGGUGUGCCCCUCUGCUCCACACACCUGCAGCAUGGCCCGCGCCGCGCGAUGAUUGCUCUCCAAGAACCUCGACAUCUCUGCUCCACUCCCGCCCACUCUCCCUCCACUCGUUCUCUCCUCGCCUCUCCGCGCGUGCAUGUACCUACCGACCCUUCCCAAGCUCGACCUGCUGCACCUCCCGUUGCCACGCCGGGCGCGCGCUCUAGCCUGCAUCACGAACCAUCACUCGUCAUCUUAUCAGCCUCCCGUCCCCCUCCAUCCUCCUCGCGCCUGUUUGCCAUCGGGCUAAAUGGGCCGGGCCAUGCGCGCAAGGCAUCCCUGCGAACCAUGCUUGGCCAGUGGUUUGUGCGAUUCCUCCAUUCGACAUCUCACCCACCCACCCACCAUCUCGCCGUCCAAGCUAGGCACCCCAUCAUCCACCCAUCGUCCGAAGCUUCCGCCCCCCUCCACCAUCGUUGGCGCCAUCGCCUCCUGCUGUUCCAUUGGACUAAUCUGCCCGUCACAUAUAGCCUGCCCAGCGGCGCGCUUCCAAUCCCUCUACUGCUCCCCACCCCCAGCCGCCUCCCUUGCUUGGCCAGCACUAAUUCGCCGCCCCUCGACUAUCUCUCUUCCCCCCUUUGCCCCGUGUCAUUGGUCCGUCGAGCAAGCCGUGAACGCUCUUCGGGAAGGGCGCGUGUGCGUGCCCUGCCGCAUGUCCUGCAUCGCCCGCCUGAUCCUUCACUUGCAUGCAUGCAUGUUCUUCCCCAGCGUACCGUUGGAUACACCUCGCCGCUGCAGCCCCGGCUCCCAUACUUGUUGAUCUCGCAAUCCUUCCCUCACUUUCCUGCCGUCGUGUCUCGGCUCUCGCGGCGGAGAGAUCUUCCCAUCCGCAGUGCACAUCUCGCUUGGCGCUGCCCGUGUUACGUCAAGGCACAUGCAUUCGUCGCUCCACCGCCACUCGAGAGGCGUGGUUAUUGUCUGCCGACGCAGCACCGCCGCCGCAUAGUCCCCGCGCCCCGGCCGCGGUCCCAGCAUUCUUGACACACCACCCGUGUGACGGAGGCGCCUGCAUUGCCCACUGCUGCAUGGUAGAUCCCUCGGGGGUGGGGUUUACAUCACGAGGCUAAACGAUUGACGAAGCCUGCAUUGCAUUGCAUAUCUUGGGUGGAGACUCUCUUGCAUCGAGACUGCGAGCGCCGGGCGUGGCGGGUGUAAAAUCCGUUCGAUGAUCUCGACGUCGACUGCUCUCUUCCAACUUUACCGUCGAUCAACGACGUCUGCAGAGGAUUUCCAACAGACGGAGGCGUUCGUCGACAAGUUGCAUAUUUUCAACGACUCGUUGGA